GGCGGGAAACGUAGUCCCGGCGAGGGGGUCACGACCCCGGACGUCAGCGUCCGGCGCGCAGUUCGGUUUGGCGGCUCAGGAUUUGCAGUGCGAGCCGGCUGCGAUGUGGCCGCGGGUGAACCGAGCUGCUGAGGAGUUUUACUGUCGUCUCCUGCAGGAAUUUGAUGAAGAAAAGAAAGGAAUCCAUAAUGAUCCAUUUAUCUAUGAGGCUGAUGUUCAAGUGCAGUUGAUCAGCAAAGGCCAACCUAACCCUUUGAAAAAUAUCUUAGAUGAAAAUGACGUUGUAUUCAUCGUGGAGAAAUUGCCUUUAGAGAAGGAAGAAACAAGUCAUGUCGAAGAACCACAAUGUGAAGAAACUGCUAUUUCUGAUCUCUCUACUGGGGAGAAUGUUGGACCACUUGCUUUACCAGUGGGGAGAGCAAGGCAGUUAAUUGGACUUUACACCAUGGCUCACAAUCCUAAUAUGACCCACUUGAAGAUUCAUCAUCCAGUUACUGCCCUUCCUCCCUUGUGGGUAAGGUGUGACAGUUCAGAUCCUGAAGGGACCUGUUGGCUGGGAGCUGAACUUGUCACCACAAACAGCAUUGCAGGAAUUGUUUUAUAUACAGUCAGUUGUAAAGCUGAUAAAACUUACUCUGUAAAUCUGGAAGACCUGAAAAGUUCACAUAAGAAAAGACAUCACUUGUCUAUUGUAACAACCAGGGGCUUUGCCCAGUAUGAGCUCUUUAAGUCCACAGCCUUGGAUGACACACUUGCUGCAUCACAAACUACAAUUACUUUGGAUAUUUCCUGGAGUCCUGUGGAUGAGAUUCUUCAAAGCCCUCCGCUGUCUUCAACUGCAACUCUGAACCUUAAAGUGGAGUCGGGAGAGCCCAGAGGUCCUUUGAAUCAUCUUCAGAGAGAACUGAAAUUUCUCCUUGUUUUGGCUGAUGGUUUGAGGACUGGUGUAUCUGAAUGGCCUGAGCCUCUAGAAGUAAAAUCUGCUGUUGAACUUGUGCAAGAAUUUCUGAAUGACUUAAAUAAGCUGGAUGAAUUUGGUGAUUCUACAAAGAAAGACACAGAGAUAGUAAAGCAUGACAGUGCUGCAGUUGACCGCUCCAUUGAGUGUCUCUUCACUGUACGGGGGGAUCUCGACUUUGCUGAGCAGCUGUGGUUCAAAAUGAGUGGUAGUGUGGUUUCAUACCAAGACUUGGUGAAGUGUUUCACACUGAUCAUCCAGAGUCUGCAACGUGGUGAUAUACAGCCAUGGCUCCACAGUGGAAGUAACAGUUUAUUAAGUAAGCUUAUUCAUCAGUCUUAUCAUGGAACCAUGGACACAGUUACUCUCAGUGGGACUAUUCCAGUUAAGAUGCUUUUGGAAAUUGGUCUGGACAAACUAAAGAAAGAUUUUAUCAGUUUCUUCAUAGGUCAGGAACUUGCAUCUUUAAAUCAUUUGGAAUAUUUCAUUACUCCAUCAGUAGAUAUACAAGAACAGGUGUAUCGUGUUCAAAAACUCCACCAUAUUCUAGAAAUAUUAGUCAGUUGCAUGCUUUUCAUUAAACCCCAACACGAGCUCCUCUUUGCUUUAACACAAUCCUGCAUAAAAUAUUACAGACAAAAUCCUCUUGAUGAGCAACACGUUUUUCAGCUGCCAGUUAGACCAGCUGCUGUAAAAAAUUUGUAUCAAAGUGAGAAGCCACAGAAAUGGAAAGUGGAAAUAAGUGGUGGUCAGAAGAAGGUGAAAACAGUUUGGCAACUGAGUGACAGCGCACCUGUAGACCAUCUGAGUUUCCACAAACCUGGUAAAGAUGAUGUUUCUGAAUUAACAUUGAAUGGUAGCCUAGAAGAAAGGAUCUUCUUCACUAACCUGGUUACCUGCAGCCAGGUGCAUUUCAAGUGAAGUGUGCUGAUGGAGUCCUUUGUAAGUUUUUAAAUCCCAGCACAAGACCCAAAAAUAUAUAUAUAUAUAUUUUUAAUCACAGAGCCUGAAAACAGAAAUGUAUAUAAACCUUCAAAGCAGAGAAAGGAGGAAGAUCCUGAAGAUCCUUGAUGAAAGAUUAAUCUAUAAAACCUGUAACCCCGUCUCAGCUCUGGCUCCGUAGGAGGAGCAUCAGGAGAACUGCAGAGAUGAGUACACAGAGGGUGCAGACUGUAGGUACCACGAUCUCUGUCACCAUCUGCAUGUGACUUAGCAGAGGCUCUGAAAUGGCAGAGAAAACAUCACAAAUGACAGUGUCAUCAUUUCAACGAAUAAUAGCUUCAUCCUGAAAGAUGCAACUGUAUUGGGAAAAACUUGGAAAAUGCAUCAUCAAGCUUUGUAGUUAUUUUCACUUGCUCCAAAAGAGAACAUGGUGAAUAAAUGUUACAAAAAAAUUAUGUGAGGGUUUUAUAAAAUAUUUCACAAAAUAUUUCACAAAAUAUAAGAUAAAUAAUUCCUACAUUUGGUUCUUCCAUAGGUAUUGGAAUAAAAUCUAAGUGUUAUACUUACUAUAAAUUAAUGUGAGAAAAUUAACAGACAUGUUCCACAGUUUCUGUUUUCACUGGGCGGGGGGCGGUGGGGGGGCAUUGUGAAAGAAAAAUCCUUGAGAAACAUCUCCAACCUUUCAAAGAUGUUAUUGUGUAUCUUAAGAGGUAUAGAAGUUUCCAUAUUGAAAGUUCAUGGGACAAUUCUUGCAUAGCUAAGUAAUCUUGAAGAGUUGAACAAUAAGCAUGUUCCAUGUACUUGAUUAUAGUAGUGGACAUUUAUGUAAUUCCUGCUUUUAGGUCUUGUGCCUGGCACCUUGGCUACCAUGAUAAAUAAGGCCUGAGGCCCUGCUCCUACAGAAUUCAGUAAAUCUAUAUCGUGUGUCUAGGUGAUAAAAUACAAGUUUAUUUUGGUUUAAAGGAAUAUGCAUCCUUAAUUAAUAUCAUCUGGUUAUUUAGAUGGGAGCAGGGCACAGUAGUAAUGUAUUGGCCUAUAUAAAAAGAGCUGAAUUAGAAAAAGAAAAAAUAACUGGUAGGAUUUGUUUCAUCUAGCACUUUCCAUCUCUCAUACCACAUUAAAGAUGGGUUUGUUAAAACAGGAAGUAUAUUUCUCUGAUUCCCCUUAGAGAAAGAAUUGAAGGAAACAAAAUGUGCUGGCAUUCAUUGAUGUGUAGAUGCAUCUUUGUUAUACAUCUCAGAGCUUUUUAGAUCCUAUUGCACAAGAAACCAUGCCUUCCAUGAGGUCAGGGACCUUAUUUUAUUGCUAUAUACCCCAGGGCUUACAACAACCCCUGCUAAUAGUGAGUGCUUAAUAAUUACUUGCUGAAUGAGUGAGUAUAAUAUCUGGCGUAUCCUUCGCCUUUUCUUUAUUGGAAUAUGCUUACAUUUUCCCCUCCUUCCACAAAGCCCACCAUAACAAAAAUAGGUUUAUAAAUUGACAGAUGACUCACAAAGAAUAAAACGAGGGUGAAUAAAAUAUUUCUUUUGUGGUAGAUUUUUAAAAUAUUAUUUGAAAUGCUUAUAAAACAAAUUUAACAUUGUUUCAAAGUGAAGGAAAAAAUCAUUUUUUUAAUUGUAUGCUUUGGAAUGAUUGACUUCAGAUAGAUCCACAUUUUGAGGUUUUGGUAACAUCAUUAUAUGUGUAAUCAUGUGCCUUAACUGUUGAAGGGAAAAAUUAAAAUAUACUUACCUGCAGCAAGCAUCUGGUUGUUGAUAGAACAAGUUUCCAAGGCUUUGAGAUACCAACUUUCCACCUAAUAAAAACCGACUAGAUAAGUAAUGUCAUAUAGACUAAUUUUUUGCUAUUUGAAAUCAUUUUUGAAAUAAUGUGGGAUUAAAAGAAUUUAAAUCUGCCUGGAGUUUAAAUUAGUUAAUAUUUAUUGUAUUGCCUAUGUGCAUCAUUGUGAGGGAUUAAAGAAAAAAAAAAAACCUACAAAACCAGUCUUUAUUUUUGAGGACCU